GCAAUUGACAGUUACUGUAGGAACAGAUGCUGCGUUACCAGCACCGCUUCAACUACAGCUCCACCUUAAUGGAUGCGACUUUACCCUAACCCGAAAGCCGUCAUUGCUCAGAUACAACGUGUGUUCAUUUUUCUUAAACUUAAAAAAACUGCCGUUUCUUUGCUCUUUAAUAUAACCCUGACAUAAAAACAAUGACAGAAGGGAACAAUAUGCCAGAAGAUGAUACAGCGGGUAAGGAUGAGGUGCCCGUCGGUGUGCCCGUCGGUGUGCCCGCAGAGGAGAAGCGGCCGGAAGAGGAGAAGACGGAGAACGGGGACUGGAAAGUGGCCGUGUCGGGGCAAACCGCGACUCCGGGAGCAGAGGAGGUCGAGUUUGUGCACCCCGAGGGCGGCUGGGGGUGGAUUGUCAUGCUGGCUGCUAUGUGGUGUAACGGCUCGGUGUUCGGGAUCCAGAACGCCUUUGGUAUACUCUUCCUCUCCCUCCUCCGGGAGUUCGGCUCCGAGGACGAUGAAGACCUCCGCUUCAGGACAGCGUGGGUGGGCUCCCUUUCCAUGGGGAUGAUCUUCUUCUGCUCUCCCAUCGUCAGUGUCUUCACCGACGUCCUCGGCUGCAGAGUUACCGCAGUGGGUGGUGCUGCGGUCGGCCUGGUCGGCCUACUGGCCAGCUCCUUUGUCACGUCCCUGGGCCCCAUGUACUUCACCUAUGGCAUUGUGUUUGCCUGCGGCUGCUCUUUCGCCUACCAGCCCAGCCUUGUCAUCCUGGGCCACUACUUCAAGAAGCGCCUGGGCCUGGUGAACGGCAUUGUGACGGCCGGCAGCAGCAUCUUCACCAUCACCCUGCCCUUCUUGCUGUCAGGCCUGCUGGAAAAAGUGGGCCUCCAGAACACCAUGCGCAUCCUCUGCAUCCUUAUGGUUGUGUUGAUGCUGGCCGGCUUCACCUACAAGCCCCUGCUGCCAGUAAAAUCCACCAACACACACACAGGCAGCCGGUGCCCACCCAUGAGCCAGAUCUUCAAUAUCAAUAUCUGGAAGUCUUUGGGAUAUCGCAUUUGGGCCUUCGGUAUCCCUGCAGCCCUCUAUGGCUACUUUGUGCCUUAUGUUCAUCUGAUGAAGCACGUGGAGGAGCGUUUUGGACCAGAAGCCAGUAAAGAAGUUCUGCUCAUGUGCAUUGGCAUCACAUCCGGCGUGGGCCGUCUCAUCUUCGGAAGAGUGGCAGACUAUGUUAAUGGAGUCAACAAAGUCUAUCUGCAGGUGGCUUCCUUCUUCGUCAUCGGCCUCAUGUCCAUGAUGAUCCCUCUGUGCAACAUCUUCGGCGGGCUGAUUGCCGUAUGCCUGCUGAUGGGGUUGUUUGACGGAUGCUUCAUCUGCAUCAUGGCCCCUAUCGCCUUUGAGCUGGUCGGGGCCAAAGACGUGUCGCAGGCCAUCGGCUUCCUGCUGGGCCUGAUGUCCGUGCCCAUGACUGUGGGGCCCCCCAUCGCAGGCUUCCUGAGGGACAGACUGGGUAGCUACGACGUGGCCUUCUACCUGGCAGGCAUCCCCCCGAUCGUCGGAGGAGCCAUGCUGUGUCUGAUACCCUGGGUGGAGGCCAAGCGCAAGAGGAGGGAGAAGGAGGAGGCCCUGAGCAGGGAGCAGGACGUCACCCAGAAGAUGAUAGAGCACAAGAAGGCUCAGGAAGACGCACAAUGCAAAACUGGAGAGUCUGUCCUCUAAGAGCCCCACUGAACAGACUGAGACACACAGGGUCAGACUGAGACUGCUGAGUACUGAGUUUUUAGCCAAGAUUGUAAUGACUGCCUUCUAUAGGAGAAUGUUGGAAAACGCCAAAGCGAUGAAACAUAUCAUCAUAAGUCAUAAGUUGAAGUACAGUUUAACAUGAAUGUGAUCCUGAAGAACUAUGCAUUAGAUUGUUUCAAUUAGACUGAACUAAUCUUACAGCAGGCAAACUUAAAGUUUUAAAUGAAAAUGGAGAAAACCGCACAUUUCGUAUUUGUCACAGGGGAAAGAAGGCAUGCUGUACUUACUAUAAACGCACUGCAGUGUCUUUAGCCAGUGUCUCUACCAAAGACAACAAUUUCAGGUGGCAUUCUUAAGGGAAAGGUGGACUUGCAUCAUUCUUUACAAUCAGUUUUCAACACGACCUUAUGUUUUUAGAUGAAGAAAUAUGGCAUAAAAAGAACACAUUGGAUUAUAUAAGAAAGGAAACCAGUCAGGUGUCGGAAUAUAACUUGUUUGGCCUCAAUCAACAUCUUUGUUUUGCAUCAGUGCAAAGCAAACAGGUCUGCUAAAGAUUUCUCCUUAAACCUGCCAUCUUUAUUGCCUCCAGUAUCCCCAUCUUAAAGCAAGCCAAAAUUGUAAAUAUUGGUCCACAGUAUUUCAAAGGGACUGUAACUGUCACUUAAGAGAAGUUCUCUGAGAGAUUUGAGCCUUGGGAGGUCAUUAUUAGUGUUAGUCAUGAAGCUCUGGGAUCCUCUGAGCUGUAAAGGUGCUCUGACACUUCAGGGGAAGCAGCUUUAAGCACAAUGAUUUUACAUCUCAAGACAAGCAGCUCUGUCCCCCAGGCUGGAAUGAGAAACCUCCACAGUGUUUUACAUUAAUAUCUUUAAAGGAAUAGUUCGACAUUAUAGGAAAUACAGGAAAUACACUUAUUUGCUUUCUGGCCAACAGUUAGAUGAGAAAAUCGAUACCACUCUAGUAGCUGUCCGUUGAAUAUAUGGCUACAGCCAGCAGCACGUUAUCUUAGCUUAGCACUAAGACUGGAAAUGGGGAAACUGCUAGGCUGGCCCUGUCUGAAGGUAACAAAAUUGGACUUCCAGUACCUCUAAAGCUCACUAAUUAACAUGUGUUAUUUUGUUUGUAUAAUCCUUACCAAAAAAUGUAUGUAAAAAUGUGAAGUUGUGGCUUUAGAGGGGUGUUUAUGUACUGGACUAUAUCUUGGCAGACGCAGAGACUCCCUGGAAUAUCGUAAGCAUGUUUCCAAAAAAUUUGAAAUGAUUCCUCUAACAAUAAAAACUCUUAGCCAGCACAAGUGUACCUGCUUUCAGUUAUGAACCUAAAUAUUGAUUCAUAAGGAACAUAUUAACAUUGUGUUUGUGUACAUGUCUAUGAAUUGACUGUAGUAUUGACAUUAAGCAGUAUUUCUUUUAAAAGAACCAAUGGUGAGACUUGUUUUUAAAGUUGUUCUUUUUUCUCUGUAAUUUGGUCCAAAUUCAGCAUAUACUUUCAUUGUGCUACAUAAAUUUACAAUGUCAUUCCACUGUUUAAAGUGGAAAAGGCUCAUAUGCUUCCUAGUGUAUAAAAGAAAAUUAAGUUUGCCCAGUAGCUGACGUGGUCCAGGUCAUAAAACAACCAUCACCGUGUCAACAACAGAUCACCUGCUUGGAUGGAUGACCUCUUAAAAGGACCAAAAAAGCCACAAAACACUGGUGCAAAUGUAGUUCCUCGCCACUUUAUAAAAAGGCUAUUACACAUUUACCUAUAGUAUCUUAUCAUUUGAGAGACUAGUCUCCACUAUUUGAAAUGGAGCUGAAGACAUGAGUGGGACUAUUCAUUUACUACAUGACCAUUAGUUAAGUUAAGUCAAGUUAAUCAUUAACUCUGUACCCAGCUCAUUAACCUUUAGUAGAAAGGGGUUUGUUUUAAGUUUUCAUAUCGUAUUUAUUUGGUUUUUGUGGAGAAUGUCAUGCUGUGAUUGACGGGCAUUUGCCUAAAGUCUUGACUUCAUUUACUGAAGACCAAAAUGAAAGUGUAUUAAUCCUGUUUGCUUGCUGUCAUACGUCUCCCUAAAGCCUACAGGUAGUGUCAGUGAAGCAUCUGAACACGUCAGGAAGUGACUCGUCAGUCCGUCACUGCUGACAGUGAUAGACUGCUUGAGGAAAACUCCGAGACCUUUUGGAAAACAGUGCACCAACAUUGAAUUUCUGUGGGUCAAUGAUUUUUCCUCUGCAGACCUGUGACACUGUCUACCUCAGAUGUUGUACACAACAAGUGUGAGAAACUUAAACAGCAUUUACAUCUUUUCUCCUCUAAAUAUAUAUUUUUAUUAUGAUUAAAUCACAUUUGUUGCCUUUCAAUCCAAGCCUAACUUUUUGUAGUGACAUGCAUGACUGUUUAUUGCAAACUUUACUUUAUUUUGAGACUGUUCAAGUAAUUUCUUGCCAAAGAAAUUGCUUAAUUUGUACCUCUGAAUUUUGAUUGUAAACCUCUUUGCCAUGCAAACAUUUAAAUGCUUUAUUAUGCUCAUUAUUUUUACUUCACUAAUUUAAUUUAGUUAUUGCUUCACACCUGCUUCUUGAAAUUAUCUGGGGCAUUCAAAGAGACAUUUUGAAAAAAGUCAACAAUUGCAUGACUUAUUGUUAUUUAGUAAUGACUUUAGACCAAAGUUGCCUUAUUAAAUUGCCUUUUCUGUCUUAAUAGCGUCUCCAGAGGAUUUAUGUGGCAAACAGGAGCCUUCUGACCCAAUGUUUAUAGCAUUUCAUUGUUUAUUUGCUGUUGUUAUUUUGGCUCUCUCACAUCUUAUCCAACCACUGGCUUUAUUCAGAGUAUCUGUAUAUAUGUAUGCAUUUUGAUUUUGCUGGAAGUGCAGAUGAAGAUUUAUUUCUGUAAAGCUUUGCUGCAAGAAAUGCAUCUUUGCUACCACUUUCAUCCUAUUUUUGCAUAGUUUUGUCUUAAUUUUGGUUCACUUCACUAACUUCGCUUCGUUUUGUCUUAUUCAUAUCUCUAAUGAGUUACCCAAAAUGUUUUCUACUAAAAUAUAACUUUCCCUAUCUUUCCUAUCUGCUGCAGGAUGUGCGGCAAACUACAGUAUAUGCAAUGUAAUAUUAUGUAAACACAAUCAGAUUUCAAUAUUUUCAAGACAGUAAAAAAAAAAAGAUGUUUACUUUU